CGGCUGCUGAGAUGGCCAGCAAGAUGAGAAAGUGGCGGGAAAGCAGCAGAGAGACUGGAAAGGGGAUGUCCACGAGUGGUGAUGAUGAUGGUGAUCAGCAGUUUACUAUUGGCAUUGCAAUUAAAAAUAUGGAUAAAAUGUCCUGUGAGCUGAAUAAACUUAUUGUUAAAUCCCAACUGUUGCUUUGUGAUCUUACUCUGAACUUCAGUCAUCCUGUGCAAUCAGAUGUUUCAAAAGAAGCUGAGGAAAAGAACCACAACUUUGAAGAUUUAAGAAUAAAAUUAACUAGUUCUAUUUAUUGUCCCUUUGCAUUAGCAUCUCUUCAGUAGCAAAGUAUUUUUCUGCUAUGUGUUUGCAGUACAUUAUGCUUUGUAAAACAUCAGCAUUUAAAACUGUAAAAGUGGAAGGGGAAAAGAAAUGUCCAUAUCUAAUGUUUUGAAGCACUUUCACCAGAAUGCUCAUAUGCAGCAAUUUUGUUACGUUAGUUAGUUUUAAAUGACACUCUGUAAGCAAGGUAACUAAAUACUGAGUAUUGCUUUUAUGGCAUUGCUUAAGCUAAAUAAACUAUUUUUUCACACCCUUUUUGAGAGUUUACAUGCAGAUACUAGGGUUAUAAUAUGGAAAAUGGAGUAAUGUGAGCAAAAAAUAAUAAUCACCUAAUAAUUUUUUAAAGGAAUUGUAUUUACUUUAAAUAAAGCAGUAACAUACUCCUAAGAAAACAGUUACUUUUAAUCCUU